UACAGGAUCCUGCGUAUGGAUGAAGAUCACGACCGCAUGUACGUCGGCAGCAAGGACCACAUCCUGUCCUUGGAUCUUCACGACAUCAACAAGGAGCCACAUAUUAUCCAUUGGCCAGUGUCCGAACGAAGGAGGAUGGAGUGCCUUGUGAGCGGGAGGGACGCCAAUGAGGAGUGUGCAAACUUCAUCCGUCUGAUCGAGCCAUGGAAUCGCACCCAGCUGUACAUCUGUGGGACCGGAGCUUACAAUCCAGUCUGUACCUUUGUCAACCGCGGGCGCAAACCUCAGACAUCCAUGUAUCUACAGAUGGCCCAGGCCAGAGGAAGAGCUAGCCGCGCCGCCGAAUCCAGCGCGGUGCACGAGACACUCGGACUAAAGGAAGAAAUCUUUCAGUUGGAGCCGGGAAAAGUGGAAUCCGGGAAGGGAAAGUGUUCCUACGACCCGAAGCUCAACAGCGCGUCAGCUUUGAUCAAUGGUGAACUCUAUGCUGGGGUCUAUGUUGACUUUAUGGGAACAGACUCUGCCAUUUUCCGCACUUUGGGGCCAAAGACUGCGAUGCGAACAGAUCAGUACAACUCCAGAUGGUUGAAUGACCCAACUUUCAUUCACGUACACCUCAUCCCUGACAGCGCGGAGAGAAAUGACGACAAGCUGUAUUUCUUCUUCCGGGAAAAGUCCUCCGAGAUGGGCCAGACUCCUGUGACCCAGUCCCGUAUAGGACGCAUCUGCCUGAACGAUGACGGGGGCCACUGCUGCCUGGUCAACAAGUGGAGCACCUUCCUGAAGGCCAGGCUCAUCUGCUCCGUGCCCGGCGCCGACGGCAUGGAGACGCACUUCGACGAGCUGCGAGAUGUUUACAUACAGCCGACACAGGACACAAAGAAUCCUGUGAUAUAUGGAGUCUUCUCUGUCUCUGGUUCCGUCUUCAAAGGCUCAGCGGUUUGUGUCUACUCAAUGGCCGACAUUCGCAUGGUCUUCAACGGACCCUUCGCCCACAAGGAGGGUCCCAAUUACCAAUGGGUGGCCUACACUGGGAAGAUCCCAUACCCUCGCCCUGGCACGUGCCCUGGCGGUACCUUCACUCCCAACAUGAAGUCUACUAAGGACUAUCCAGAUGAAGUCAUUAACUUCAUGAGGAAUCACCCGGCCAUGUACAAUGCCGUGUACCCAAUACACAAGCGCCCCCUAGUGGUUAGGACCAAUGUGGACUAUGAAUUCACCACCAUCACUGUGGACCAGGUGGCGGCUGCGGAUGGCAACUAUGAAGUGCUCUUCCUAGGAACUGACAAAGGGACAGUCCAGAAGGUCAUCGUGCUGCCCAGAGACGAUCUGCAGACCGAGGAGCUGGUCCUGGAGGAGGUGGAGGUUUUCAAGGCCCCGACUCCUAUUACAACAAUGAAGAUCUCAUCCAAAAGGCAACAGCUGUAUGUGUCCUCUGCGGUGGGCCUGACACAGCUGGCUCUCCACCGGUGCGACGUGUACGGCGAGGUCUGCGCUGACUGCUGCCUAGCCCGAGAUCCGUACUGCGCCUGGGACGGCAAGUCCUGCUCCCGCUACUCGGCCUCGCAGAAGAGACGAAGCCGGAGGCAGGACGUCAAGUACGGGAACCCCAUCCGUCAAUGCCGAGGCUUCAACUCCAACACCAAUAAGAACACUCUGGAGAUGGUGCAGUACGGGGUGGAGGGAAGCAGCACCUUCCUGGAGUGUCAGGCCCGCUCCCCACAUGCUGUCAUCAAAUGGCAUCUGCAGAGAGACAACAGCGAGCGCAGGAAAGAGAUGCGUUCUGAUGGCCGGGUGUUGAAGACGGAACAAGGUCUCCUCAUGCGGUCCCUGCAGCCCUCUGACUCCGGCAUGUACCAGUGUACGGCCACGGAGAAGAACUUCAAAUACACCGUGGUGAAGAUGCAGCUGGUGGUGUUGUCGAGCAGGGCUGUCAACAGCGUUCUGGUGGAGGGCGGGGGAGGUCUGGUGCCGUCCACGCUCCACUCCAGCAGCACCCAGUGGACCCCCAGUGCAGGCCAGUACAAGGACCUGCUGACCAUCCUGAGCCAGCCAGAGAUGAGCCUGAUCAAUCAGUACUGCCAGGACUACUGGCAGUUCGGAGACCCGCUGCAGGGCGCCCUCAAAGCCAAAGACCUGAAGGAGCUCAAGGAGCACAAGAAGCCCCGCAACCGCCGGCAUCACGGGGAGGGGGAGGAGAACGAGGAGCAGGAGGAGGCAGAGACAUGA